AUGGUAGUUGGAGGCCCCAAAGCCAGUUGGUCCCAAGAGCUUACAGUUCUAUUCACUCCCUCAUCAUCUCUCUCCCCAACCUCUCAGGCAUUUGUGAUAGAUGGGAAUCUGAAAGAGGAGAGAGUAGAAAGUAGAAACUCGGUUUUCCGUAUUCACAUUUUGUGGCUGUUGACAACCCGAGAAGAAGUGGUUGACAACUUCGGCAGUGCUCCUAACAACUCACUCUGUGGGAUUCCAGGGGCAUUGCCGAGCCCCUACUGGCCAGCCGGUCACCGGAGGUCCGACGGCGGCUAUCACCGGAGCUCCGAUGAUCAACUGACAAUUGGUCACCAGAGCUCCGUCAGUGACCCGAGCGAGAUGACCAGGAUUUUUCUUCUCUUCCUUCCUUUCCUCCUUCUCAUCCUAAUUUCCUCUUCCGCAUCCGAUGAAAUUGCCGUUUACUGGGGUCAGAGCUUCGACGAAGGCAAUCUUGCGGAGACUUGUGCAACUGGAAGAUACUCUUUUGUACUGGUUGGCUUCCUUUCGACCUUUGGGGAUGGCCAAACCCCUCAACUCAACCUCGCAGGUCACUGUGACCCUUCUUCUUCAUCUCGGUGCACAGCCAUUGGCACACAGAUCAAGCAUUGUCAACAACAAGGGAUCAAAGUAAUGCUCUCUCUUGGAGGAGGAUAUGCGAGUUACUCUUUAUCUUCCUCAAAGGAUGCUCAAAAUGUUUCUGAUUACUUAUGGAAAAAUUUCUUAGGCGGAAGCUCAUCUUCACGCCCAUUUGGAGAUGCCAUAUUAGAUGGCAUAGAUUUGGAUGUACAGCAUUCUACACUACAUUGUGUGGAUCUUGCACGUUACCUCAAGUCACAUAGCACUGAUAGCCAAAAAGUGUACUUAUCUGCGGCACCUCAAUGCCCAUUUCCUGAUGCUUAUCUUAAUACUGCCCUUGAUACAGGCCUUUUUGACUAUGUCUGGGUACAUUUCUUCAACAACCCUCCCUGCGAUUAUUCAGAAGCCAAUACUAAUAACUUUUUCAAAGCAUGGAACCAGUGGGCGACAUCCUUAGGG